AGGGCGGAGUUAGCGAAGCAGUGAAGUGAAGCCUAGCAGGAAGCACCGAGGCUAGCGCCGCAGCGGUGGAGAGAAAAGAACGUCAGAGUUGUUUAUCGGAUCUGAAACCUGACGUUUCUUGCUUGGAAUCUGGAAUUUACGUUUUUGGUCUGGUCCCAUUUCCCUCGACUCCGGAGAAGGUGAGAGCUGCCAGCCAACUAGACAUCGGCCAGAAGAAGACUCUUAUCCAGCAGCAGUAAACGGAGGACGUUGGCCGUUUUGAAUCAGCAUCCAUCAGUGAGCCUGCAAGCUCCAUACUGGUGCUGGGACAAGAUGAAGAGGUUUAGGCGACAUGGUCAGGAGUCCCAGAGAGAUCGACUCAAACAAGAACUCUUUCAGUUCAACAAGACAGUGGAGCAUGGUUUCCCCCACCAGCCCAGUGCUUUAGGCUACAGUCCCUCCCUGCAGCUGCUGGCCAUUGGCAACCGCUCUGGAGCCAUCAAACUGUAUGGCGCUCCAGGUGUGGAGUUCAUGGGUCUACAUGAUGAGAAUGCUGCAGUCACACAGGUGCACUUCCUCCCUCACCAGGUUGAACUGGUGACUUUGCUGGAUGACAACAGUCUGCACAUGUGGACUCUAAAAGCCCAUAAGGGAUUGUCAGAGCUCUUGGAGAUAGGACGCUUCAUGCUCAUGGGACCACCUGGUGCUCCCCCAAGUGUGACCAGAGUGACAUCAGUGCUGGCCCACUCAUCAGGGGAGCAGCUGCUGUUGGGUACAGAGGGAGGGCAUGUCUUCAUCGUUGAAGUCCCUGGCUUUAGAGAGCUGGAAGAGAGGAACAUCAGUCUCGACCAAGUUGCUAGCAGUGUUCCAGAUGACUACAUUGGCCGGAGGAAUCUGGAACAUGUAGAGGCCUUAAAGGAGAACCCAGUCGACCCAAACCAGAUUGUUAUUGGCUACGGACGAGGUCUCAUGGUCAUAUGGGAUCUUGAGAAACAGUGUGCCAGCCACCACAUUCCUGCCACACAGCAACUGGAGAGUGUUUGGUGGACAGAGGAUGGGAGCUACAUUCUCAGUUCGCACAGUGAUGGAAGUUACUGUCGAUGGAUGGUAGGAGGAGAGGAUGUGAAUGAGGACGAAGAGAAAUCCGACAUUCCUUAUGGACAUUUCCCUUGUAAGGCCAUUUCUAAAAUAGUUCAGCUAUCUACAGAAGAAGGACCUCCGUUCCUGCUGUUCAGUGGUGGCAUGCCAAGGGCCAGUUAUGGGGACAGACACUGUAUCACAGUGAUCCACAGUAAAACACACGAGGCUCUGGACUUCACCUCCAGGAUCAUCGACUUCUUUGUCAUCAGAGAUGGACCACAGCACACAGGAGAUCCCAGCGCACUAGUGGUCCUGGUAGAGGAAGAGUUGGUGGUGAUCGACCUGCAGACAGAGGACUGGCCAGUCAUUCAGACACCAUACUUGGUUCCUCUCCACAGCUCAGCAAUCACCUGCUCCCACCACAUUUCCGCCAUCCCCCUCAAACUGUGGGAAAGGGUCAUUGCUGCUGGACUUCUGCAGAGCACACACUACUCCAAAAAGCCAUGGCCAAUAACAGGAGGCCAGAACCUUGCCCCAGACCCUCCACAGAGAGACCUGUUGCUCACAGGGCAUGAGGAUGGAACGGUGUGUUUCUGGGAUGCAUCAGGAGUCUGUCUGUAUCCCAUGUACAAGUUAAGCACAGCUAUAGUGUUCCACACAGAAACUGACCCAAAUGACAACUUAAACCAAGGCACAGAAGGAGAGUGGCCUCCAUUCAGAAAGGUUGGGUGUUUUGACCCCUACAGUGAUGACCCUAGGCUCGGCAUUCAGAAGAUCCAUCUUUGUAAAUACAGUGGUUAUCUGACUGUGGCUGGCACUGCUGGACAGAUCCUGGUGCUGGAACUGAAUGACGAGGCAGCGGAGCAGAUUGUAGAGGCAAAAGUUAUGGACUUAUUGCAGGGCCAAGAGGGCUUCCGCUGGAAGGGUCACACUCGACUGGAUGUGCGAGAAGACCCAGUACUGUUCCCGCCAGGCUUCCAGCCCUUUGCUCUGGUCCAGUGCCAGCCUCCUGCUGUGGUCACAGCCCUGUCCCUGCACACAGAGUGGAAGCUGGUAGCUUUUGGCACAAGCCAUGGUUUUGGCCUGUAUGAUUACCAACAGAAGAGCAACGUCCUCAUCAGGUGCACCCUAAACCCUAUGGACCAGCUUGCAAUGGAGGGUCCUCUGUCCAGGGUGAAGAGCAUAAAGAAAUCCCUCAGACAGUCCUUCAGGAGAAUCAGACGGAGCAGAGUUUCACUAAGGAAACAUCAUGUCAACAAUGCUGCAAAGCUUCAGGAUGCCAAUGCUCGUCUGGAGGCCGAGCUGGCAGAAAUGGAGCUGGCUCCUGUUCAGAGGAAGAUAGAGGCUCGCUCCUCAGAUGACUCUUUCACGGGUCUUGUGCGAACGCUCUACUUUGCUGAUACCUAUCUUUCAGACAGUUCACAUAACACACCCUCCCUAUGGGCAGGGACAAAUGGUGGCUGUGUGUUUGCAUACAUGCUCCGCCUUCCUCCUAUAGAGCACAGAGCAGAUGAGCCUAUCACAGCACAGCCAGCUAAGGAGAUCCAACUGAUGCACCGGGCACCUGUUGUUGGUAUAGCAGUGUUGGAUGGGCAUGGUGCUCCUCUCCCUGAGGCCUUAGAGGUGGCCCACGACCUGGCUCGAUCACCCGACAUGCAUGGAUCACACCAUCUCCUGGUCAUAUCUGAGGAACAAUUUAAGGUCUUCACCCUCCCUAAGGUGAGUGCUAAAAUGAAGCUGAAGCUGACGGCCAUGGAUGGUUCCAGAGUACGGAGGGUGGGCAUUGCCUGGUUCGGCAGCAGUCGAUCAGAGGACUAUGGUGAGAGUGGCCUUGUGGUUCUGACCAAUCAGGGGGACAUACAUGUGGUGUCACUGCCUGCAGUCAAGUUGCAGGUUCAGUACCCCUGUAUCCGUCGAGAGGACGUCAGCGGCAUCGCUUCCUGUGUCUUUACCAAGCAUGGCCAGGGCUUCUAUCUGAUCUCUCCAUCUGAGUUCGAACGGUUCUCGCUGUCCACCCGCUACCAGGUUGAGCCUCGCUGUCUUGUAGAGGUUCCUCUUUAUUCAGGCACCACCAGGCAACACAGGCCACCGCCCGUUUCAUCUAGUCAUGGAAAUGCCAGACAAGACUCUGAGGAUGCAGAAAGUGCUGCUAGACGUGUUAUGGAGCAUGCUUUGCUGAAUGACGAGAAAGUACUUCAGGAGAUCCAGAAGUCACUGGAAGGAGACCAGACGUCAUUACUGGAGAAUCAUAUUAAGAGUGCUGUAGCUUGAGGGAUGCUUCUUGUCAGUGAAGAGUAAACUGACUUGCUGAUGAUUAUGAAGCGUACUGCAGUCCUGUAGCCACAAUCACUACUGUCCCCUGACCCCUCUACCCAGUGACUGACUACCUGCUGAUUCUUAGUUGACCUCAGCCCCUCAUAGAGAGACACUAAAGGGCUCUUCGCAGUCGUGCACUCUAAAGACCACAAAGCUGUUCGCAGACGAACAGUCAUUGUAGACAGAAACAAAGGAAGAGACACCACCUGUGCCUAAAGACCACACAUUGCAGCCCGGUCACAACUGUUUAACCUAAAGCUACAUGAUAUAGCCUUCAUUUCUGAUGUGUGACCAGUGCCAUUAAUCAUCAAUCUAGCAUCUCACAUCUGCCAUACACACCACUUUUCGAAGCUGUUUGAAUUAAAGUGAUCAUCCCUACAUCAUUUUGAAAGGCUUAUAUCGCCACCAGUCUCUUCACGUGGACUUAGCUUGUGGAAAUGGUUUGUCCACUCUGGUGUGCAUCACUAGCCUUUAUCUCCCCACAUGGAUAUACAGCUGGAGAAAUAAUAAUGAUAAUGAAUAAGAUUAAAACCUUUUGUUGCUGAAUUGUUUAUUUUAAGUUUUGCAUAAUUUAAAAUAUAGGAACAUUUUAAACUGUGAGUCAAAAUUAUGAUAUAUUAGAUUAAAAAACAACAUACUCUGCAAAUACUUAGUGAUGAUUUUGAAACACCAAGUUAAAAUGGACUGUUGACUAAUGAACUACUUUUAUGCCAAAAUCAUAGUAAGUUAAGCUUUCAAGAUGCUAAGUUAAAAUAGACUUUAUUGAAGUACAGAGAAUACUUAUGAGUGACGUUUUUGUAAAAAAUUUAGUUGAUAUUUGUUUUCAGUUUUGACAGUGUUGUAAUGAAUCAUCUUUAUUACUCAAAGGAUAUAUUUUUACUUGUCAUAUGUUGAUUUGUUUAACAUGAUUUGGCAUUUUAAUUUUGUGUCCUACUUUCUUUGCUCUUGCCUCAUGAUUUGACUCAGAUGUCAUGACUUUUACCUAGUGUCUCGUAAUUGUGAAUUCAAAUUUGUGGCUUAGUCAUUUUUUAGUCGUCAUACCUCAUAAUGUUAACAACAGUUACAAAGUUAAUAAACUUCCACAAAGUGAGUAUUUUAUUUUUGACAGUGCUUACAUUUUCAUCUUUUUUUCCUAAAUUAGCUUCUAUACUUUUCACACACUCUCAAGGGAGGAUGUUUUUAAUGAUGCCCCAGACGAGAUAAAAAAAACAUACAAAAGUUGUUUUUUGUAUGUUCAACCACACUGUUACUUGCUUUGUGUUUUUAAUUCCUCAUUCUCUUAAUUUGUCAUACCAUCAUAUAUUGCACCACCGAUUAAUGUUCACAGACCACUCUCUCUAAUCCACUUUUAUUCCACGAUAAAAUAACUAAUGGCCAUAGGUACUUUGCCACUACUGCAGAGCUCUAACUGCUGUACUUUUCUGGGGGGGGGGACAACUUUCUAUGGGGUUUGGAUUUUAAUUAUUUUUAUAUAAACCAUUUUUAUGUCACAAAUAAAUAAUCUAAUUCAGGAAUGUAAUUGUAAGCUAUUGUAGUGAUUUGAAAAAAAUAAAUACAGUAUAUAUGUGCCAUGUGUAUCUUUGCGCCUGAGUUAACAGUUUUUUUAAUUUUUAGAUACAAAUAAAUAUUUUGCUGCAAUGUUUCAGAAUGCUGAGAAUGUUCGCAUUAACCAAGAAUAUAUUUUUGUAGUGAACUGAUUGAGAAUCAAUUUUUAUGUGUAACUUCCCACUACAUUUUAAUGUUAAUAAUUAUAAUGUUAUUUUCAAAUA